AUGCUGUCUGUCUCCCCAACCCGUUUUUCCGUUGUCAGAAUAUUCACACCCAUUAUUGCCUCAUCCUUGAAAGAUCGCCUUUGCGCCACAGCACCCCUGUGUGCUUUGCGACUCAGACGCUGGAAGGUUGUAACCACUAGUCGAACAGCAGAACCUUCCUCCCCCGCCGCUCUUUGCAUGCGGUGCUGCUUCAGAUACUUUAAUUCUUCUGCCUUUUUACUGCGUUGCGUGAUGAACCCAGAGAAGGAGGCACAAGAAAAAACUCUGGCCAAGUUGCAAUGGCUGAAUGAGCGAAGCAAGGUCGAUUUCCGUGGAAAUCCACCCCCCUUCGAGACCAAGAAGACACUUAGGUCUGUCGAGCAAGCGAAGCGGGCGAAGGCACGUACACUCGCAGGAGAGUCGGACUUUCUCCCCUUCUGGCACGGGACAACCCCAUUGGCUCUGGAUGCCACCCGUAGCAACUACAUUCAGGUCGACCAAGGCUCAAAGUCAUAUUCCAGGGGCUCGUCCAGAGCCACCUACGGCGCGCAAGCCAUCGACCCUUCCACAGGUCUCACAGAGGUACAGCUUGCUCUGAGCUGGAGCGUUCCACAUCCUGCAGUUUCGCAGCCACACAGCUAUGCAGAAAUGUCCACGGAUGGUGCACCAUCAAGAGUGCGAUGUGACGCUUUGUAUCUGCAAAGUUUGUCACCCCAGGAGCGGGCGACUGCGUAUCGCACGCACAUGCUAGAGCACCCCAAAUGCACUCCUGAUAGUUCCCGGGUCCAUCACUCGAGAUGGGCGGCCUCCACUCAGCUUAGCGCCCCCAUCGUGAAGCUGCCGUUGCAACGACCGCAGAACAGCGCGCUUCAGCGGCGAAACUCGGUGCGCGUUGUACACCUGCUUCAUUCCUCGUGA